AGCUCCUCCAGCCCAGACGGGCGCCCUCCUUUCGCCCCCGCCGCGCCCCGGGGCAUGAGAGCGGCCGCCCCGCGCCUCUAGGUACCCACGGGCCCCAUGGCGACGACCCGCGCUCCCCGCGCCCUGCUACUGCUGCUGCUGCUGCUGCUGCUGUGCCCGCCGGGGCUGCGGCGGGGGGCGCGGGGCAGCGGGCAGCGCCCGCGGGGCUGUCCGGCGCCGUGCCGCUGCGAGCUGGACGGAGUGCUGCUCCGCGCCGACUGCUCCGACCGCGGGCUCACCGCCGUGCCUGCCAACCUCAGCGUCUUCACCUCCUACCUUGAUCUCAGUAUGAACAACAUUACUAAGCUGCCCUCAAACCCUGUGCACAAUCUGCGCUUCCUGGAAGAGCUACGUCUUGCAGGAAAUGGCUUGACAUACAUUCCUAAGGGAGCGUUUGCUGGCCUUUUCAGUCUUAAAGUGCUGAUGCUGCAGAAUAACCAGCUACGGCAGGUUCCUACCGAGGCGCUCCAGAACCUGCGCAGCCUGCAGUCCCUGCGUCUGGAUGCCAACCACAUCAACUAUGUACCCCCCAACUGCUUCAAUGGCUUGGUCUCCCUUAGACACCUGUGGCUAGAUGAUAAUUCCUUGACAGAAAUUCCUGUCCAAGCUUUUAGAAGUUUACCAGCACUUCAGGCAAUGACAUUGGCACUGAAUAAAAUUCAUUACAUACCGGACUAUGCCUUUGGAAACCUCUCCAGCUUGGUAGUUCUACAUCUCCAUAACAAUAGAAUCUAUUCCCUGGGAAAGAAAUGCUUUGAUGGGCUCCACAGCCUAGAGACAUUAGAUUUAAAUUACAACAGUCUGGACGAGUUCCCCACAGCUAUCAGGACACUAACAAACCUAAAAGAGCUGGGAUUUCAUAGCAAUAACAUCAAGUCAAUACCUGAGCGUGCAUUUGUGGGUAAUCCUUCACUUAUUACAAUACAUUUUUAUGAUAACCCUAUCCAGCUUGUUGGAAAAUCUGCUUUUCAACACUUACCAGAACUAAGAACUCUGACUUUAAAUGGUGCUUCACAGUUAACAGAGUUCCCUGAUCUGACAGGGACUACAAGUCUGGAGAGUUUGACACUCACAGGAGCACAGAUCACCUUUCUCCCCAAAUCAGCUUGUGACCAGUUACCUAAUCUCCAAGUGCUGGAUCUGUCUUAUAACCUACUGGAAGAUUUACCCUGUUUUACUGCAUGUAAAAAACUCCAAAAAAUUGACUUGCAUCACAACGAAAUCGCUGAAAUCAAAGCAGACACGUUUCGGCAGCUGGCUGCUCUUCGCUCUCUGGAUUUAUCUUGGAACAAAAUUAAAACUAUUCACCCCCAUGCCUUCUCCUCUUUACCAUCUCUGAUCAAACUGGAUGUGUCAUCCAACCUUUUGUCCUCUUUUCCUGUGACGGGGCUACAUGGUUUAACUCAUUUAAAAUUAACAGGAAAUCAUGCCCUACAAAGUUUGAUAACAUCUGAAAAUUUUCCAGAACUCAAGGUCAUGGAAAUGCCUUAUGCCUAUCAGUGCUGUGCCUUUGGAGCUUGUGAGAACCACUACAGAAUCUCCAGCCAGUGGAACAAGGAUGAUAAUAGCAGCCUUGAUGACUUUCAUAGAAAGGAUUCUGGACUGUUACAAAUUCAAGAUGAACGUGAUUUUGAGGACUUCUUUCUUGACUUUGAAGAAGAUUUGAAAUCUCAUCAUUCAGUGCAAUGCUCACCUUCUCCAGGUCCCUUCAAACCAUGUGACCAUCUGUUUGGUAGCUGGCUGAUCAGAAUUGGAGUGUGGACCAUCGUGGGUUUGACCUUUAUUUGCAAUGCACUGGUGUCUGCUACAGUUUUCAGGUCUCCAUUGUAUAUGUCCUCCAUAAAACUUUUGAUUGGUUUAAUGGCCAUUGUGAAUGCCCUGAUGGGCCUGGCCAGCGGGGUACUGGCUGGCGUGGAUGCAUUCACUUUUGGUAGCUUUGCUCAGUAUGGAGCACAAUGGGAAAGUGGAAUUGGUUGCCAAAUAACUGGCCUUCUCUCCAUUUUUGCUUCAGAGGCUUCCAUAUUCCUCCUUACCCUAGCUGCCCUCGAACGUGCAUUCUCUGCAAAGCAUGCUACAAAGUUUGAAACAAAAUUCUCCACUGCUAGCAUAAAAAUCGCCAUUUCCUUUUGCUUCAUGUUGGCACUAAUCAUUGCAGUGAUACCUCUUCUCACUGGAAGUGAUUAUGGAGUUUCUCCCCUUUGUUUGCCACUCCCCUUUGGAGAGUCCACUGCUAUGGGCUACAUGGUGGCACUGGUAUUGCUGAACUCCCUUUGCUUUCUGGUAAUGACUGUUGCUUAUACAAAGCUCUACUGUAGUUUAGAAAAGGGAGAACUAGACAACAUUUGGGAUUGCUCUAUGGUCAAACAUAUAGCCCUGCUACUUUUUACUAAUUGCAUUCUUUAUUGCCCUGUGGCCUUCUUAUCUUUUUCCUCCUUACUGAACCUCACUUUUAUCAGCCCAGAAGUGAUUAAGUCAAUACUUCUAGUGAUUGUCCCACUGCCAGCAUGCCUAAAUCCACUGCUUUAUAUACUUUUCAAUCCACAUUUUAAGGAGGAUUUGGGAAGUCUGCGAAAGCAAACUUUGAUAUGGAGGAGAUCAAAACAUGCCAGUCUGAUCUCUGUGAAUUCAGAAGACAUAGAAAAACAAUCUUGUGACUCAACACAGGCAUUGGUAACCUUCACAAGUGCCAGCAUAUCAUAUGAUAUGCCCACCAGCAGUUCCCUAAUGCCACCGUCUUAUCAAAUGACAGAAGGCUGCAGUCUUUCGUCAGUCGCGUUUGUUCCCUGUCGCUAGUUGCAGAAAGAGUACAGAAAAUACCUCUGUUUACAAAAUUUUUAAUCCCAAAAGUAAGUGUGAAUGUGUGCAUAAGAGUGUAGAGUGCCUCUAAAUUAUUACAACACACCUCAGAAAACAGACAAUGACAAAGCUUGCAGCCGGCUGAAAAUGCAGUACUUGAGCCUGCUAAGCCUGCUCCCAAAAUGCUGGGAUGAAGAGAGGAAAUGAAAGCUGGUAAAGUUUGUGCAGUUAUGUCAGCUGCUCUCUUUUAAAGUAGCACUACUCAGAAAGAGCAUCAGUUGGGCAAGGACAAAAAUAGCAUAUUAAAGUUGUAAUAUUUUUUCAAAGUAUCACCUCAUGUUUUCAGGGGUUGGGUUAUUUUUUUCCUGUUUGUUGCAAUUUGGUUUUAAUAAUAGU